AUGCUUUUCUCAACAUUGGCCCUCGUCGGCACAUUCGCCGCUUCGUCCACUGCAUACUCUGCAACUGCAAGAACUUUCGCUGUCAACCAUUUCUAUGGAACAGAACCUCUUCUUACCGCCCGUAUAGAUCCAAUUGUCAACCCAGGAAUCGUUGGAACACACGUGCAUACGAUCCAAGGAGGAAGUGCUUUUGGUAUGACCAUGGGGGAUACCACUGCUUUACAUGAUUCUAACUGCACUUCCUCCCUUGUCAAGAAUGAUAAGAGCAAUUAUUGGACCCCUUCCUUGUAUUUUGUGGAUCCAAACGAUCCCACCAAUAUUACAUCCGUACCUAUGUUCUACAUGAACGUUUACUACUUCUUCGAGCCCACUACCGACAAGAUCACCGCUUUCCAACCAGGACAUCGAAUGCUAGUUGGAAAUGCAGCUCUUCGUACUCCUCCAGCAGGAGGUGGAGCAUCCAUUGUCGAUUAUUCUCUCGGAACACCCCAACCCAUCCAAGUCACCUGCCCACGUUCUAAUUACGAUACUCCAUCUUACCCCGCCAACUCCGACGGAUUACACGGAGUAGGAAUUCAGGACCCGCAAAACAAGGGAGCAGGUGUUGGAUUUCCAGAUCAAGAUUGUAAUGGAUAUGCUUCGCCAAUGCGUCUCGAUGCUCACUUUCCUUCUUGCUAUAAUCCUGCUGCUGGACUGACUGAUUAUAAGACAAAUAUGGAUUGGCCUACAAAGGGAAAUUGUCCUGAGGGUUGGAUUCACACUCCUCAUAUUUUCUAUGAGGUUUAUUACAACACUCCUCUUUUUGCAAGUCAAUGGACCCCGGGUCAAGGAAAACAACCUUUCGUUCUUGCGAAUGGAGAUCCAACUGGUUAUGGAUUCCAUGCUGACUUUAUCUCGGGCUGGGAUGUAGAAACUCUCCAACAAAUAAUCGAUAACUGCGAUGCAGGUGAUAGCGGUAUGGAUAAAUGCCCAGGUCUCAUCGGUGGCCUCAAUGAUCCAACCACAUCCUGCACUAUCAAAUCACCAAUCGAUGAAAUUGUUACCGGUACUAUGUCUGUGCUGCCAGGUAGUAAUCCUAUUGGAAAAUGGGGCUCUGCUGCUGCCAGCGUCGCUUCUUCUGUCGUCGCAUCUGCUACCUCUGGUAUCGCUUCUCAAGCUUCUUCAGCUGUUUCUUCGGUUGUAUCUGGUACUUCUUCCGUUGCUGCUUCGGUAUCAAAUGUUGCAUCAUCUGUACUAGGAGUUGCUACAUCAGCAGCAAGUAUUUCCAUUCCAAGUAUUUCUUUACCCCUCUACCAGACCCCAUCUUCAACUCCAGCCUCAUCCCAACAAUCUCAAUCCCACACCCGCAGUGGCGCUUCCACAAAAGUCGCAGCAGCAUCUCCAGCCGCUAGCGAAGUCGUAUCUUCCAGCGUCAUCACAUCCGGAGGUCAAGUCUUCACAUCCGUUCUCACCGUCCACGCAUCUACACUCAUCUACAAAACCGUCUCCGUCACCGCAGGUCAAGUUCUUCCCACCGGUUCCAUCGUCUCUUCUAGCACCCCGGCUGCUGUUUCCGGAUACACAUAUUCUGGUUGUUACGCAGACCAAGAAACAAAUCGUGCGCUUUCUGGCGUUACAUUUGCCGAUGUGGGUAAAGGUGCUGUUUCUAACUCAGCAUGUGUGGCAUUCUGUGAGGGAAAAGGAUAUAGUGUUGCGGGAACAGAAUAUGGGGGACAGUGCUUCUGUGGAAACAGUUUACCGAGUCAGAAAGUCGAUUCGAGUGAGUGUACCAUGGCGUGUGAGGGGAACAAAAAUGAAGUUUGUGGGGGUUCGCUGGCGUUGAGUGUUUUUGAGAAGAGUGCCGCGAGUAAGGAGAAGAGAAGAUCGAGACAUUUGCAUAGACAUGUGCAGAGGAAUUAG